UCGUCUGCUGCGCCGGAGCCGUCUACACCCUCUGUUGCGCAGUCCUCGCCGGCCCCUAACACACCCUCCUCAGCAGCGCCGCCUGAGUCGUCCGCAGCGCCUCCGAGCUCAGCACCGCCUGCGUCCUCGGCGCCGCCAGAGACCUCAGCACCGCCGGCAACCUCAGCUCCUCCUGCCUCUUCGGCGCCGCCGGCAUCGUCUGCUCCUCCAGCCUCGACACCAACACCAGCACCAGCCCCAUCGUCGGCCGCACCUGCCCCAUCCCCGUCGAGCGCUGCCCCUGCUACCACGAGUGCGCCACCGCCUCAGACUUCGACCGUCACUGCUCCGUCUGCGCCACCCUCGACUACUGAGAUUGCGACAUCUAUCGUUACCGUGACCCCUUCUGCAUCCCGCGAAGGCGAGACCCCCACUCCCAUCGUCGUCACAUCCAUCGUAACGAAGGAGGGACCCGCCGCUACUGGAACUACCGGCGGUCUAGCAUCCACCGCUACCACUCUUACCAGCUCGAGCACCGACACUGCCGGACCUCAGAGGGCAGAUGGCGUUGCACAGAGCGGCCUCAGCAGCGGCGGCAAGAUCGCAAUUGCUGUCGUCGUUCCCGUUGUUGUUGUUGCACUGCUGCUUGUAGCUGGUAUCAUGCUAUGGAGGAAACGCAAGGCUCGUCAGAACAACGAGGAGGAGCGAAGGAAGGAGGUCGAGGAGUAUGGCUUCAACCCCAACAACGACCCCACUCUUCCUGCAGUUGGUAUGGGAUCUGAGAUGGCCGAGGACUCGAGCGGCUACCGCGGUUGGGGUAACACCGCGACCAGCUCAAACCGCAAGGCCUCUACUACCCUCACCAGCGGCAUGACCUUCUCCGACAGCAACAGCAACCCUGGCGGCUACAACACACCGCACUCGCCCACUGGUGGAGCCUACUCCGAAGGCUCGAACGACCCCUUGAUGAACGGACGUCGCGAGACCAUGGACUCUGAUGGCCUCGGCGCGCUUGGUGCCGGUGCCAUUGGUGGCGCUGCGCCGAACUCGACACAGAACCAGGCCGGCGUACAACGUGGGGUCUCUAACGCGUCAUCGUCCUACUCUGCCGCUGGCCGAUCCGAUGCCUCGGGUGAAUACCCUGGCAUGGCCAUGGGUAACCCGAACGAGUACUACGACAACCAGGGCUACUACCAACAAGGCCCGUACGGUCAGAGCGACCCCUAUGGUGCUGGUCAGCAGCCCGUCAUCCGGGACGUCUCAGCGCGGCGGAACACGAGGAUCGAGAACCCCUCGGUCUUCCCACAACAAGGAAACUCUGGCAUCGCACAGAACUUCUAA